AUGGAUACACUACAAACCCCCCAAGUUCGAGUCCCUGGCGAAACCCCUGAAUCAACUCAACCAGAACUCAAUGCGACUGCGACUGCGAACCAAAACUCCACCGAGGUAGAGAUGGGAGGAACACAAGACACAAGACAACCUGAACUCGAGCCUGCGCAAGAAUAUCCGACUCUUCCAGAUGUGCAGGGAGAGCUAGAGCCACCCGUCCCGGCAAAGAAGACCGGCUUCAACUUCCUUGAGUGA